UGACUGCGACAUAAUUGGGCAUUGUCAAAAACAUACUCUACUCUGCAACGAAUAAAAUCCUCGCGGUUCUAAUCGGUAAUCUCAAGUCAGUAGUAUUUAAUGUGCGACGUAUAUGUUUACCACUAAUCAAUGUGUUUACAUACCCUAUGCGUGGCAUUAAACGCUUCGGAAGGCUUAUGUAAAUCAACUUGCGUAAAUAUAUCAGUUAUCAGAUCCUAUUCCACGAAUGUAUGAAACGAUUUAUAAGCAAUUUACUUCCUCGUUCGUGUCCAGUGGAGAUCUGACUUACAGACGUUUAUAUUUACUAUAAUACGUCUGACCAAAGUUUUACAAGUAGCUGAAGACCCACUUUGACGAUACUAAGGGGUACACAAACGUUCUCUUCAUAAAAAGGUCGAUACAUCUGUAGUCGCGAAGACGCUGGACGACCUGUAAAUAAAUCUUAAACGCACACACACAAACUGUGUAUACCCGGCGGAAUUGCCGAGAGGGCUAAUGCGUUUUUACUUCAGACUAUCUCCAGGACUCCGGGGGUCACUGGUUCGAGCCCUGUACUAACCCGCACCCGACGACCUCGGUCUAUGAGAUCAAUCUUUCCGGCACCAUGGAUAGGUAUACAGACACCUUUUCUACGUCAACAGUCAGCGAUAUACAAACGAAGGCACGUCGACGAACACGUAGAGAAGACCGAUCGCAUACACAGGCCAGUGAAAAAGCUCAGUCGAAACCUUCAGAUUUGGAAAAUAGUGAUGGUAGACCGGAUACAUCAAACGCUGCCGAUACUAGUUCACUGUCAAAAAACGUUUCUUUCGUGCCUUAUCCAUCUGCAGUGUAUCCCAACUACCAACCACCGACCGUUAAGAAUGAGGAAUUAUCGAUAAAAGCACUUAAAACAUUCUUCAGCAGGUUUGAAGAGAUGCAGCAGUUGGUUGGAGAUGCUAAACAGGAGAUGCAUAAUUUUUCCAGCUUACAAAACCCGAUGCAGGUAAAACGUCUGAAAGACAAAGCAACUAAACUGGAAGAAAAAAUGCUUGCUAUGGAGAAAACUCAUGCUGAUAAAAUCGACCACAUCGAAAAGGCAUACGAAGAUCUGAAACGAUCAAAAGAACAGAUUGAAUUCAAAAACGAUGAACUUAAGCUAGAACUGGAAAAAGCAAAACUUGCUAAUAAUGAAUUAGUAACACAAAAUAAUAAUAUUUCGUCAGAAAAUCGACUUAAUCAAAAAGAGCUGGCAAAAACAAAAAAUGACUUAAAUAAAGUGAAAGCGGAAUUGUCGCAAUCCAACUCUAGGUUAAGCAGACAAAUGAGCAACAGCCUGACAGAGAACAACCCACAAAUAGCUGAUCUCAGUGAUUCAAAUAGACCGUCAAAACUGGGAGAAAAACACUCGGAACUCUACGAUAACGAAUGGACAGAUGCAUAUGAAGUCCUUGAGCUCACUUGUGAAGGCGAACUGAACGCUAUUCAAAAACUUCUUGAAAUUCUGAUGGAUGUCGAUGAGUUUUGUAAAUCUAAAUCCGAAGAACAGAGUCUUCAGCUUAAACAAGUUUCCUUCAUGUCCAACGCGGAGCCGAGUAAUUUACCAGACGCACCUGAACUAAAGAAACAGAUGAAAGAGUUCAGAAAAUACACAGCAGAGCUCAGUGUCCAAGCGUUGUGCAAGGAGUAUACUCGAAAAACACAAUCAAAACAACGAGAACUCUUCGCUGAUCACAGGGUUUGUAAGUACAUAGACGGAUGUGUGAAGCUCUGCUGGUUGAUGAAUGCUCAUGAUCCUCCUGUUGUAUUCUCCCCUCCUUUAUCGCCGAAUUCAGAUUUUGACCUCAGCAUCUACAAAGCAUACACAGAGUCCGGAAGUAAGGUACAGUUUAUGGUCUGGCCGGCAUUGCAUCUACACGAAGGAGGUCCUAUCCUCGGGAGAGGCGUGGCUCAAGGGCGUUCACCAGUAGGCAAACAUAACAACAGGGCAUCCGCACAUAAGGCAACGAGCCAUUAUAACUCGCCAGGACGUCAGGAUUCGUCGUCUGAUUUGGGAAUAAACCCACAAAAAGCUCGGGAGGCUUGGGCUACGGAUGACCCAAAGCAAGGUUCGUUGAUAUCUGAUUUGGACAAGACACAAGCUUUUUUUAAAAGAGGCAAUGAUGCGACUGAGCGACAAACACAGAAGUUGCCAACAGAACCGGGAAGUAAUCAACAAUCUGCUCAACUAUUCCCCACAACAGAAGAUGGAAACUAUGGAAGUGAUGCCAAUGUUGGGCGUGAUGUAACAAACCAGUCUAAUACACGAAACGGGCGUUAUGUACCUGACCCUUUUGACCAACUUGCUGCAUUCGAUAAUCAGUCUUCCAACACGAGUACUCCCAAACUUACCAAGAUAACUGAUCAACCAACAAGACGCUCGAACGCAUUUAGCUCAUCCGUUACUGUUCCAAUGUCAACAUACGUUGUUGUCCCUUCUCAGCAUGACAUGGAACUAUUUUAUAGUUACAUGAGAUACGGUGAGUUGUCGUGUCGAAGUGUGUUAGGGGAAGCGACGUAUAACAAGUGUAUUAAUUAUUACAAUAAUGUCGUUUUGCGUAACCUUGGACAAUUUCGUACGUAAUUAGAAAUAUUUGUAAAUCUUAAUAAUUUUAAAUGGAAAAACGUGUGUCUCUUCAAAAGAGAAAGUUCGUUGAAAGCAGUCACGCAUGGUUAAACACAUUGAGCUCUUCGAAAAACUAGUAACAUUCAAAAAUUAACAGUCGCUAUUAUGCCACACUUGAGUGGCAUUUCUUUAAUAAUCUAAACCAUGUAAGGUGCCCCAAUAUUGUAUCACCAAAGGCGUUUCCAAUACCACACAUGUAAAUGCUUCUCCAUCAACAAGCUAAAGUUUGUAUUUACGGUGUGAUUUUGACUUACUACGCUCCUCAAAAUGCGAUGAAUUUAGGAGAAAUCCGAACCAAAAUUGUCUUUGAACUAUGGUGUAUCGUUUAAAUGUUGAUUUGAAUGUAUUUUAAGUUUUAUAACUGUAUAAAAUUAUUGAGUACGUGGCCUGUUGUUAAAAGAUUAAACUGGAUUUCAACAGUA